AUGACUUCCUCAGACCUCCCUCCAAGCGGAAGUGAUGGUGACAUCAAUAAAAACAACGAAGAGAACGUGAUGGAAGAUGGUCAUACACCAGGUCAAGGUUCAGUCAUAGUUGCCAAGCCGGAUAUCGAAUCGACCCCUUCGGAGAAUAAGAAAGCGAAAUUGUAUCAUGUUGAAGUCCCAGCACCAGCUGGAGCGGGAGACGGGGCUGAGGUGGAUGGAGACGAGCAGAUGGAUGAAGAUCAGCAGGAUCUGGUGUCUUCAUCAAUGUUGUAUGAGGGUGCUCCUUCCUCAUCCAUUGUUGAUAAUACCCGAGAUACCGCUUCUGCUUCUUCGGACGAAACUGAAGAGCCAGAAGAGGAGGAUGCUUCGGAUAACAAUACGGUACAGGCUGUACCGUUAGUCGAGGAGUUGGAGAAGAUUGAGGAAUGGUGGGAGCUAAAGAUGACCUGGUCAGGGAAGGUAUUUGAUUUGAGAGUUGGAGGGAACGAUAUGGUAUACGACUUCAGACAUCUCAUUUCGACUCUUACAGGUGUCCCACCAGACGGACAGAAAUUGAUUAACCUCCUCCCUGGAUCAAAAGGUAAAUUGUCCGUCGAACACGAUGCGAAGCGAUUCGGGACACUGGGCGUGAAGAAGGGUCAGAAGUUCGUCAUGGUAGGUACAAGGGAGGAAGAUAGGUUCAAAGAUAAGUUGGGUGUGGGUGUACAGAGCACCGAUGACUUCGACGUGACGUACUCUCAUCAGGUCAAGGGGAUUGCUCCUGCUGAUGACCCUAGGAAUAAGAGGAUGAUUCAGAAUAUCGUUGAUAAAGUACCUAUCACUGUCAUGAAUGAACCGAGAGAAGGUAAGAAGUUACUGGUCUUAGAUCUCGACUAUACAAUCGUCGAUACUAAGCCCCUCAUAAGUGGUGCACUACCUUCAUCGGAAUGCGCUCGACCUGGACUACACGAAUUUCUCGAGCUGGUAUAUCCACAUUAUGAUAUAGUCAUUUGGUCACAAACUCAUUGGAGGUGGUUAGAAUCGAAACUGGUAGAAUUGGAUAUGAUAGGUGGGGAAAGGGGUUAUAAAAUUGCCUUUGUCUCUGAUAGGACGACAAUGUUUCCUGUGUUUACACAAAGAAAUGGCAAACCUUUCGAGCAUGAGGUUAAGCCGCUAGCUUACUUUUGGGCUCAUUUCCCUCAUUGGUCAGCUAAGAAUACAAUACACAUAGAUGAUCUUUCUAGGAAUUUCGCUUUGAAUCCUGGUGAAGGGCUCAAAAUACGAGCGUUUAACAAAGCUGGACAACCCGAGGGUAUGGUUGAUAAGGAAUUGACCAAGUUGGGGAAUUAUCUCGUCAAGAUUGCCACUACAAGUGAAGACUUCACCACGUUGGAUCAUUCUAAAUGGAAAAAGAAACCACCUAGAACAUAG